UUAUAAGCACUUUGGUGGAACAGUUCCCGCUCUCAUUUAAGUUGAUAUAUUGCUGAUGUGAGACCAUUUUCAUUUAUAAUAAAUAACAGAAUGUCAGAAACUACUCAAGCUUGUGGUUCUGAAAUGUCCACCAUUGUUCCAUCUGAUAAAACGGAUAGAGAGUUCAUGAUGUCCAUUGUGAUAAUUUCUACAGCUGACCUUGCCAAGAGUAUGAAGGAAGCACUGCUCAAAUACCACAAAACUCACGAGGAGCGAUAUAAACUCUGUGUCCAUGUCUCCGAGAGAGUGAAAGAGCUACCGAGUAACUCAGCCAUGCAUUUGGAUUACUACAUAAUCUUGGCAGAUCCGAGACAAGCUGAUGCUGCAGAUAAAAUCAAAGACGACUUGUUGCAUCUCAGUCCUACGUUUCUGGCCACCGGUCGGUGUGUGAUAGCUGUAUCCUGGCCAGAGGGAAUAUUACCACACCUGGUUGCGACGUGCUCGGCAGGAGUGCAUAACGUCUGCAGAGACAAGAUGCUGCACAAACUAGUUCAGCGAGAAGAGGGCCCUGCUGGGAUGAAUCAGCAGACACAGGCCUUACUGGAUGCCCUUGGACAGCUCGUCCAGGGUCAAUGUGCAAUGCGAUGCGAAACGAUGCGGCAGCGGCCGCUUCACCGCUAACACAGCCACAACACGCUGUUGCACCCACUUUUUGCCCUUUUGAUACUGCACUGGGAAGCUGGACAGAGUGGUCGCAUCAAUUUGGAU